AUGGGCUACGAUCUGGAGAGGUUUGUGGGUUAUGUGAAUGAGGGUCUGCUCUGCUGUGUGUGUCGAGACGUGCUGGAACGCCCUCUCCAGGCUCCCUGUGAGCACGCCUACUGCAGCGCCUGCAUCAGUAGCUGGCUGCUCCAUCACCACUCCUGCCCUGAAGACAGACUCCCGCUGGACGUGAGCAGCCUCAAACCCCUCUACAGGUACAUGCGCAAUGACCUGAACCGCCUGCAGCUCCGUUGUGUGAACGCUGAGCAGGGAUGCGAGGUGGUUUGCACCCUGGAGAGCCUCCACACACACGAGGACGAGUGCGAGUUUGCCUUCAUCUCCUGCUCUAACACAAGUUGUCCCGUGCAGGUAGAGAGGCGGGGCUUGGAGGCUCACCUGUCAGAAUGUCAUUUCCGCAGCAGAGAGUGUCCCAACGGCUGCGGCCACGCGCUCCACUCCGUCGACCGGUUGCAGCACAACUGUGUAGCAGAGCUGCGUGCAGAGGUGGAGAUGAUGAGGGCAGAGAUGCUGUGUAAGGUGGAGGAGGUGAGGCGAGAGAUGGAGUCUCGGCUGGACUCGCAGAGGAGACACAUGGUGCAGAAAGAGUCGCAGCUGAAGAACGAGGUGGAGGAGCUCAAGGCUCAGUUAUCCCGUGUGAUGUGUGACAUGCGAGCCCUGUUGGGAGCAGAGCGUCUGAGGAGGCAGGAGCUGGCAGAAGCUGAACUCGAGAAGAGAGAGCUGUUGGAGCUCCUCAGAGACCUUCAGCCCACCAGGAAUCAGCAUCCUGCUGAGCAGCCAGCCAGGGAUCAUCUUCAGGGGGACCGGCAGACAUCAGGUUGGGAAGUGCACACCGAGCGGGCACGGCUCCAGCAGAGGGAGGCUUCGUUCCACGCCUCCUGUCUGUCGCUGCACUCAGCUCAGCCCACAUGUGCCCAAGGCCUGUCCCCGUCGCCUCAGCUGGGAGACGGGAUUCGCAAGAGCAGCACUCGGAGUCUGACUCUGGACCGCACCACGAGGAAGAGCCGGGAGGUGACAGUCAUCUGAACUCAGUCUACAACAAAUUGUUGAUGUAAACAAA